AUGGCGUCUCUGGCCAGGUUCCAAGUGGGUCCAAUAACUUCUGGACAAAGUUGGAGAUUCAGAUGCUAUGGCUAUUCUGAAGAUAAUCCUCAGAACUGUGCAAAGUCCUACGUCUUACUCACCUAUUUCCUUGCAGGGACCCUCCAGAAACCCACCUUGUGGGCUGAGCCGGGUUCUGUGAUCCAAUCAGGGAAUUCUGUGACCAUUUGGUGUGAGGGGACCAUGGAAACCAACAUAUAUUUCCUGUAUAAAGAAGGAAACACAUUUUCCUGGCUCAAACAAACUCCAAAGCAGCCUGGUAACAAGGCCAUGUUCUUCAUUGCAUCCAUGAGAAAGCAUAAUGCAGGGCAAUAUCACUGUUACUGUUACAAUUCUGGUGGGUGGUCACAGCACAGUGACACACUGGAGCUGAUGGUGACAGGGUUGUCAAGGAAGCCCUCCCUGCUGAACCAGCAAGGCCCUGUUCUGGCCCCUGGAGCAGACCUGACACUCCAGUGUUCCUCUGAGACCAGUUAUGACAGAUUUGCUCUAUCCAAAGAGGGUAAAAGUGACCUCACACAGCUCGUUGUCAAUCAGUCACAGACUGGACAAUAUUAUGCCAACUUCACCUUCGGUUCUGUGGAUUUCUCUAUUGCUGGCCAAUAUAGAUGCUAUGGUGCAUCCAGAUCUUCUUCUGAGUUGUCAUCCCCUAGUGUCCCUCAAGACAUCCUGGUCACAGGACAUCCUCAUAUCACACCCAAUCUGUCAGUGCAUCCAGGCACCAUUGUGUCCUCAGGAGAGAAUGUGACCCUUCUCUGUCAAUCAUCAAUCCCAAUGGACACUUUCUUUCUGUUCAAGGAUGGUGCUGCCUAUCCUUCUAUGCAUCAGAGAUUAAAGUUCCAAGAUCCGCAAUGUGAGGCAGAAUUCUUCCUGAGUGCUGUGACCCCAGUCCUUGGGGGUCUCUAUAUGUGCUUUGGUUCUCAAAGCUCAUCUCCUUACCUGUUGUCACACCCCAGUGUUCCUGUGGAGAUCAAAGUCUCAGGACUGGCAAGGUCCCAGAAGUCUAUGAUAUGGGUCUCCGUGGUCUUCCUCCUACUGCUCAUUGUCCUCACCCUCUUUUUCCUCAGACUCUGCCACCAGAUCAAGCACAGGAAGGGAGUACAGACAAAGACUGACUUGCAACAUCCCAACGAAGCUUCAGAGCCAAUAAGCAUGGCUGGACACCUGCAGAAGAGUUCCAGCCUAACUCCUGCCAUCCGGGAAGAAAUCUUGUGUGAGAAAGAGGGCCUGGGAGGGAGAUGUCUGAGGUCUCAGCUUCACAGUGCUGAUGCUACUGUGAAGGUCACAAGGCCUGCAGACAGUGUGGAGCUAGACAUACUGAGCCAACAUGAGGAUGACACGUCCGUACACUUGUAUGCCCAGGUGAAACCUGCUAGACUCAGAAGGGCACAGACCACCUCUUCUUCCCUGUUGCCAAAGGAGUUACAGGACUCAAAACACAGACAGAUGAACAGAGACCAAGUGAUAGAUGAGCAGGCUGAUACAUCCCAGAAUCUUCAUGAUGUGACCUAUGCCCAGCUGCGCAUCAUGACACCAGGACAGGCAAACCUCCCUCUUUCCAAGAAGAAAAUGCUGAGCUGAGAUCCUUCUCUGAU